CUGACAAACAGCCUCCUCUGCCAUCUCUUCAGGCCACCAUGGUUCCACUCAGGCUCCUGGUGAUUCUUUUGGCUCUGGCUGUCUCUGACCUCCACAGCCUGCCCUGGUUUGUAAAUGUCUCUGAGAGCCAGGGCCCCGGCACUGUCCUGCAAAUGUUCAUCUUCACCUGCUCCUUCCACACCCCCACCCUGGAGUUGCUCCGUGUGCAGCCGCCCAGCACUUUCUUCAACACACCCAGCCUUGCUGGGAGUGGGGGCAUCUAUUUGGCAAAGGUGACUUUGAGCAGCUCAGCUCGGCUGGAUGCCCUAGCAGUGAACCACUAUGAGCUGCAGCUGAAAUACACAUGUGGCAACUACGUGAACGAAGCAUCACUCUAUUUGGAUGUGCAGCGAGAUUCCCGCCGUAUCCAGUGUUUUGGUAGAUUUGUUAGCCCAGCUGGGGAAAUCAUUCAAGUGCCGGAGACAGUAAGCCCUGGAGCCCUGCUGUACACGCUGCUGCUCCCAGGCCUGGAUGUCCAGGGAGCACAGGUGAAUAUUACCAGUGCCCAGGACCCCCCAUACUUUCCUGGAUCUUUCACUAUCAAUAAAAAGGGUUUGCUGCGGGCACCAUCCCAGGGCCUCAAAGGCCAGGCUCCAAAGGCUUUCCAGCUGCAGAUCUCCGUGAUGUUUGGACAAGGACAAAGCUGCAAAGGGAUGCUGACGGUGAAGGUUUUGCCUGCUCCUUCCAGCCAGGUCUCUUUCAAAAUGAAGACCCAGAAUAUCAUCAUACCUGAGAACCUUGUCCCUGGGAGUAAAGUGACUCAGGUGCAGGCUACUGGCUUUGACUUGCGCUAUGAAAUCUGCUCCCCAGUCCCCAGCCCACUCUACACCAUUGGACGUGCAGACGGUGUAGUCCGGACCACUGCACCCCUGGAACUGGCAGGAGCCCUGGGCAUUGGCGCAGCAAACGUGAGUCUUCAUGUGAAGGCCUUUGAGAGGCUGCAACCAUGGACCAGUGCCGAGCUUGUCCUCACUGUGAAUGUGCAGCCGGUCAACCGCUGGCCCCCACGCUGCCACCCUGCACUCCUGGUGACUGAAGUCCCUGAGGCCACACCUGUGGGUACCGUGUUAAGGACCUUCACAUGUGCUGACCCAGACUCUCCUGAUACCAACCUCCACUACCAGCUGCAGCUUCAUAGCCCUUCCAACCCUGCCAGCCUCUGCCUUCAUGACAGAGACCUUGAGGUGAACACCACAUUGGACUGUGACACUGUUGGAGCCUGCUUCCAUCUUGCAGCUUCCGUCCUGGUGCAUGACAAUGGUCAGCCCCAGAUGACUACUGAGGUGCCAGUACUGGUGAUGGUGACCCCGGUGAAUGAGUUUUCCCCAGCCUGUGCUGCGCAUACAUUCCGGCUUCGUGAGGAUGCACGGCCCCACACCCUGCUGGGCUCUGUGGUGGGGACAGAUAUGGACUACCCUCGACACAGCAUUGAAUACCACACCUCUGGUGAACCUACCAUCUUUGCUGUAGACCGUCUCUCUGGGGAAAUUCGCCUUCUGGGGCCUUUGGACUAUGAACAGCAGAGGCUGCACAGGCUCACUGUCCUGGUGAUCGACCAUGGCCAAGACUGGAACCCCACCCACCGCCAUUCGGGCUCCUGUACUAUUACCAUUGAGGUUGAGGAUGUGAACGAUCAUGCCCCCGAGUGUGAGCCUCCAUUUCAAGAACUCACCAUCUCCACUCCCCUGGGCCAUAACAUGGAGGUGGCCAAGGUGUCCUGCCACAUCCUCCAGGAGCCACAGCGCCUGGCCUUCUCCUACAGCAUUGUGGGAGGGAAUAGUCAGAGCCGAUUCAGACUGCAAGGGGACGUCCUGGUACACAAUACCCCUACUCUGGGACCUCCUUGGCCACAGCAGGCCUGUACCUAUGAGUUAUUGAUCCGUGUGGCUGAUGCCGGCUCCUCCAUUCCCCACCUCAGCACCACGGCCACCAUCAUUGUGCAUCUGCUUCCCUGGAGGGCCAGCACAAUGGCCACCAGCACUCACAGGGCUAUAGUCCCUUCAACGAUGAUACCCCGGCUUGUGACAGACACAGAAAUUUUCUGGCAGCCAGAGCCCUGGUUUGUGGUGGUACUGACAGUGACUAGCAUUCUUCUCCUCUUCGCUCUGGGAUGGCUUCUUGGCAAGCUGCUCUGGGGGUUGGCCCAGGUGCUGCAGGCACCAAGGAAGCCAGGGAAGGCUCUGGUGCUAAACAGGUCAGUCUCUUUUAAAAGAUCCAUCGAGGGGUUCAUGGAGACAUUGAGAACAGAGAUGUCCCAGGCACCUAGCACUGUCUUAAGCUUCAUAUAUCAACUCCCUGGCCCUGCCAAACCUGUCCCUUAGCUAUGAAAGUGGGAGUGCCACUGGGAGAGGCAGCCAGGCUCUUUGCAUACAGGGCAGUUCUCUGCUCUCUGUAAGCAAGCUUCACUUCAUUCUGGCAUAUUGCUUUCUUCUCAGCAGCAUUUUGAUGGCAAAGCACAGGGUGCUCAUGAGUACCUCUUUCCCCAAGCCAUUCUCUACCUGGGCCCUCACCUCACCCCAGAAUGUCCUCUAUUACCAAGAAGCCACUAUCUACAUAUCUACAGCCAUAUCUACUGAUGGAUUGAAUCUCGCCCUCAUUUACCCUUGAUGCAAUCUUUGUCAAAAAGUGAUGGGGCCAGAAGAUGACUCAGAUUUGGUCUGGUCCUUGCUCCCAGGGGAGGGGAAAAGGUGAUGAAGUGAGCUUGCCACAUAAUCCAGUGUCACAGUGAAUUACGGCAGAGUAAUCUGGCAAGCUGGCCAUAGGGAAACUGGUGUCCAGUUUUACAUAAUCUUUCUGUGCAUUUGAGUCAGACCUCAGGGAAUUUUCUGAGAAGGGAAGGGACAUGUUGGAUUCCAGCAGAAAGGGAGCCACACUGAGUGGGGUGGAGUAUUCCCAUACCCUUAGGGGAGGGAGGAAGUUCUGCUAAAACCACUCUUCCCCUUUGCUCUCCCCUUUUUUUUUGUCUCUCUCUACCUCUUUCUCUUUCUAUCUGUCUCUCUCACCACCUAUGUCACUCUGUCUGUCUUUCUCUUCUGGUC